AUGCCCGCAGCAACUUCGGCGGACACGAUCCGCAUCCUUGUGGCGACCGACAGCCACGUCGGGUACAACGAACGCGAUGCCAUCCGCGGCGAUGAUAGCUGGCGCAGCUUCCACGAGGUCAUGUGUCUGGCCAAGGAGCGCGAUGUCGACAUGGUACUGUUGGCCGGCGACCUGUUCCACGAGAACAAGCCCAGCCGCAAGAGCAUGUACCAGGUUAUGCGCAGCCUGCGCAUGAACUGCUACGGCGACAAGCCGUGUGAACUCGAGCUGCUGAGUGAUGCCAGCGAGAACUUCCAAGGCGCGUUCAACAACGUCAACUACGAGGAUCCAGACAUCAAUGUUGCUAUCCCGGUCUUCUCGAUUCACGGCAACCAUGAUGACCCGUCGGGAGAAGGCCAUCUGGCAGCUUUAGACUUGCUUCAGGUCUCCGGCCUGGUAAACUACUACGGCCGCACUCCAGAGGCCGACAACAUUCAAAUCAAACCCGUACUCCUUCAGAAAGGCCGCACCAAGCUUGCUCUGUAUGGCAUGAGCAAUGUCCGCGACGAACGUUUGUUCCGUACAUUCAGAGACAGCAACGUCAAGUUCUUCCAGCCAUCGCAGCAGAAAGAUGAAUGGUUCAACCUCAUGAGCGUUCACCAAAAUCACCACGCUUAUACGGAAACCGGUUAUCUCCCCGAGAACUUCCUACCAAACUUUCUCAACCUCGUGGUUUGGGGACAUGAACACGAAUGUCUCAUCGAGCCUCGGCACAACACUCAGAUGGGCUUCAGAGUUAUGCAGCCUGGAUCCUCCAUCGCCACCUCCUUGAUGCCCGGUGAAGCAGUGCCAAAGCAUGUCGCCAUUGUGAGCAUCAUAGGCAAGGAAUUUGAGUCUGAGUCAAUAAGGCUGAAGACUGUGCGGCCCUUUGUGAUGAAACAUAUUGAACUUUGCAAGGAACGAGGCUUGAAGGAUGUCGCGAAGAUGGACAACAACCGUCCCAAAAUUACCCGCCACCUGACCGACAUCGUGGAGAGUCUGAUUGCACAAGCGAAGGAAGAGUGGCUAGAGAUCCAGGACCCUCCAGGGGAAGACGACGAGGAGCUAGAAGUGCCGCUACCUUUGAUCCGCCUACGAGUCGAGUACUCUGCGCCAGACGGCGGCAAAUUCGACUGCGAGAACCCCCAACGCUUCUCCAACCGGUUUGUUGGCAAGGUUGCAAACAUCAACGAUGUCAUCCAGUUCUAUCGCAGCAAAAAACCUCCUAAACGGUCCAACAAAAACGAUCAGCCAGAAAUGCCUGAAGAAGAAAUAAUAGCACAGCUCUCACUGGACAAUAAUAUCAAGGUCGAAAAGCUCGUCCGCGAGUACCUUACCGCUCAGUCUCUCACCGUUUUCCCUCAGAAUUCCUUUGGUGAUGCCGUCAGUCAGUUUGUUGAUAAAGACGACAAAAGCGCCAUGGAAAUGUUUGUCAACGACAGCUUGGCAAGUCAGGUUAAGUACCUGUUGUCACUGACCGAUAAAGAUAUCGAGAAAGAGAACCUUGGGGACGAAAUGGAAAAGUAUCGUGAAAAGCUUGAAGAGUUGUUCGCCGCCGGUCAUCUGAAGAACAAGACGACUCGGAAACUCAAGCCUAAGCCAGAUAACUGGGAUACUGACAUGGACGGCGAUUGGGCAGACCAGCCUGGUGCCCACAUUCAUGAUGAAGACCAGGCUGGUGAGGACGAUGAUGACGAAUUCGGCUCCGUUCCUCCUAAGCCUGCCGCCACUCGUGGCAGAGGCAGGGGUCGUGGCGGUCGUACAGCGGCAUCAGGAACAACACGCGCCACCGCAGCCUCAAAGAAAAAGGCACCAGCCAAGACUACCGGCAGAGGCAAGAAGAAGAAGCCCGUUGAGGAGGAGAAAGAAGAAGAAGAAGAAGAGGAUGAGGAGGCUGACGACGAUGUCAUCAUGCUUGAUGAUGAUGAUGAUGAUGAUGAUGACUCAGAUGCCGAAGAACUCUUCGUGCGCAGUAAAGCCAGGACGGCCAAGAAGCCGACUGCGAGCAAGGCGAAAUCUCAGCCUGCCAGGAAGACCGGAAAACAGACGACGUUGAAUUUCAGCCAGGCUAGUCAGAGUCAGACAGCUACCAAGGGCGCGGGCAAAAAGGCCCAGCAGAUAAGCGAUGACGAAAUUUCCGAUGACGACGAUGAUGCCUUUGAGCCUCCGGCCCCAACUACGUGGUCGAGUCGGAGCAGGAGAUGA